AAACAAGAAAGAAUAGAUUCACUUCAGUGAGGAGAGGGAGAGUAGCAAUAGAACGCAGCAAACUUAGCUCUCAAAGUUCCCUAUUAUCUUCAGCUGUGUGCUCAAGGGUUUUGUUUUGACCUGUUAGAGUUGAAGUUUAGUUAUGGGAGAGGAGGGGGAUAGUGUCACUGAAUUGGCUGAGGUAUCUGCUGACAACAAUGUGGCAGUGGAAGAUAAGAGUGAAGCCUUUAUAGAGAAGAAUGCUGAAAAGGAUGAGUUGAAGGAAGUAGAAGAAGAGAGCAAAGAGGCUGAUGAAAGGGAUAUUGAGAACAUGGAUAUAGACGAAGAAGAGGUAAAAGAAAGCAAAGGAGGAGAAGAGAAGAAAGAAACUAAGUUUGAAGUGAUGGAAGAAGAAACUGCUGAAAUACCAGAUAAUGACAAAGAGAUGGUUGAAGAUGUAGCCAAAGUACAGAAAGAGAAAAAAGAAAGCCCUGAAGAUCAUGCCAUUGAGAAAGGAUCAAAGGAGAGUGAUAAAUCUAAGAGUAGGGCUCAGAAGAAAGAUCGGAAGAGGAAAAGGAAAGUGGAGGACAAGAAGGAACUGAAGCCUAAAACACCUCUGGCUCCAACAAUUGUACGCCCUGUACGCCAACGCAAAUCUGUUGAAAGGCUGGUUGCAUCUAUUGAAGGAGAACUCACCAAGGAAAUCUAUAUUGAAAAGGGUCGUGGAACUGCACUGCAAGAUAUUCCGAAUGUGGCAUACAAAUUAUCCAAAAGGAAGACUGAUGACACUCUCAAAUUGCUACACAAUAUUCUCUUUGGACGACGAGGAAAGGCAGCUCAAUUCAAGAGUAAUAUUUCACAGUUUUCCGGCUUUGUGUGGCAUGAAAAUGAGGAAAAACAAAAGAUGAAAGUAAAAGAAAAGCUUGACAAGUGUGUCAAAGAGAAGCUGUUGGAAUUAUGUGAUGUACUAGAUAUACCUGUUGACGAGGAUACAUCAAGAAAGGAAGAUUUAGAAUCACAGUUGAUGGAUUUUUUAGAUGCUCCUCAUCCUACGACAUCUGAGUUGCUUGCUGAAAAUGAACAGUCAAGUAAAGGAAAGAAGAAAAAGAAUCCUUCAUCAACAAUUGGUAGUUUGGAAGGUUCAACUAAGAGUCACAAGAAGAAGAAAACGCAUGAACCAAAAGACGACCAGGAGAGAUCAGAUGACGAGAUGUCAAAACAAACUAAAAGUGAGGAGAAAGACGGUAAAUCUGAAGAAGGAUCCGAGAAGGACAAGAAGAAGCAUAAGCGAAGUUCAAAUAAAUCAUCAAAGAAGGAAUCUGCCGGAGAAGUUAAAACCAAGAAAACACCUUCAAAUUCAUCAAAAAGCUCAAAGAAAAAUGAUAACAAUGAUGCAAAUCCAAAAGUGCAUUCAAAGAAGAAAACUACUGAAGUAGUUAAGGGAAAUUCAUCUACACCAAAGAAGCCUAGUUCAAAAGACAACACUGGGAAAAAAGUUCCGAAUGGAAAGGGCCAUAAGAAAGCAGAUAAAUUGAAGCCAAGUGAUGAUGAACUCAGAAGUGCGAUUUGUGAAGUUCUAAAAGAAGUUGACUUUAACACGGCCACCUUUACCGACAUUGUGCAAAUACUUGCCAAGCGGUAUGAUACAGAUCUUACACCCAGAAAGAUAUCUGUGAAGAAUAUGAUCCAGGAUGAGCUCACUAGGCUAGUCGAUGAGGCUGAUGAAGAGGACGAGGAAGAAAAUGCUGAAGAUGAAAAACAGCCUUCUGUCCAAGGUGUAGAGGCUUGAAAGCAUAGAACAUACCAAGGAAAGGUAGCCUAUAUCGUCUCUCGGUUAAUGUCUGAAUACUGUUCCAUAAUGAUCUCGAACGGGUGUAGUUUAUUGAUAGUGUUUCACCUUGUUGUUCAACUCACUGGCUAGUAAGUCAUGGAACUAGAAAUGUCUGGUUUUUAAUGCUGGAUUUCAGCUUACUGUGUAAACAGCAUUUGUAGUCUUUUUUCUUCUUGGAA